AUAUUGGAGCAUUUCAGGAGAAGCCAUGGCCUCGGACACAGCUACCAUGAAUUUUAGGGACGAAGCAAUCUGUCCCAUCUGCCUGGAACUGAUAACUAGACCUAUGAGCAUUGACUGUGGACACAGUUUCUGCCACGUAUGCAUAACACGCAUUAUUGAGAGUCAAAGGCAGGAGACAUUUCACUGUGCCCUAUGUCGGGAACCUUUUACUAGGAACAGUCUCCGGCCAAAUAGGCAGCUGGAAAAUCUCAUUGAAUCCUUCAAGGAAGUGAAUAAGAACAUGUGUGAGCAACAUGGAGAGAGGCUCCACCUGUUCUGUGAAAAUGAUGGUCAACUCAUCUGCUGGUGCUGUGAGCGGUCACCACAGCACAGAGGACAUGUCACUGCUCUUGUUGAGAAUGCAUGCCAAGACUACAAGAAAAAACUUGAGAGUACUCUCACAAAAUUGAAGCAAAUGCAAGACCAAUGUAACAAGCUAAAAAUGUCCAUGGAAGAGCAAAUAACCAACUGGGAGAAAACUAUAGAAAAAGAGAAACAAAACAUCCACACUGAUUUUGAGACCCUCUACAUCUUCCUUCAUGAAGAGGAGAAGUCUCAGCUGUCAAAACUGGAGAAGCAAAAGGAACAGGCUCUGAAGAGACUACAAGCUGAUAGAACAAGUUUGAAAAUGCAGAGGAACAGACUCAAGAACCACAUUGUGGAACUGGAGAAGAAAUAUCAGGAACCUGAGUGUAAAUUGUUGCAGAACGUGAAAGAUAUCUUGAGCAGGAGUUCAUCUGUGAAGCUGGAGUUGCCGGAGACUUUCCCUUUGGAUUCUCAUAUUGAGUGCAGUGUUUCUGAGCUGUACUUGGAUGUGAAGAAAAUGUUAAAGAGCUACCAAGUUAAUGUCACUCUGGAUCCAAAUACAGCUCAUCCUGAUCUACUUGUGUCUGAGGAUCGGAGAUGUGUAACUGGUCCUAACUCCGGGGAAAGUCUUCAGACUGAGAGACGAAGACACAAUCGUUUGUUCUACUCUGUUCUAGGCUGUGAGGGCUUCACCUCAGGAAGACAUUAUUUUGAAGUGGUUGUCAGAGAUAAAGAUGAGUGUAGUAUAGGUGUUUGCCUAGAAAGUGUGCAGAGAGAUGGUGACCAGGUACAGGAGCCUCUGACUGGAUUCUGGACUAUCAGAUUAUUAGACCAGCCUCGCUUUGUGGUGGCCAUGGCCUCUUCCCAGAGUUUACUUUCUCGGAUGGAACAGCUUCAGGUCUUGGGGGUGUUCCUAGACUAUGAGGCUGGACUUGUCUCCUUUUACAACAUGACUACCGGUUCUCACAUCUUUACUUUCCCCAAAGCCUCCUUCCCUGAGACUCUCAGACCCUUUUUCCAGGUUUGUAAUGAUACUGUUUUGUGUCUGCCUCUUCCAGAGAAUUAAGGAAAGGAGUAAAAUAUCCUUUAUAGUUUAUCCACUAUAUAGAACAUCAUGUAAAUCCAGGUGAAAAAACAUUUAGUCUAUAUUCUUCCCUGCUAUUUCCCUGUACCAAGUACAUUUCCUAUACCAUGAAUAGUGCUGAGUUUUUAUGAAUAUUUAAUUUUUAAUGUCAUUAAAUAAAUUGAUAUGCAAAUUCUUGAAAAUACUGCAACUUAUGACUCUGAACUUGGAAACAAAACAUACUAUCCAUCAUCUUCCUUCUCACUGGAUCCAGAUGUUUCAUAUCCAAGUCUCUGAAUGAUCGGCAGAGUCACCAGAUUAUUUGACCACUGAAACUUCUGUGUAGUGGAUGAGGAAAGCUAAAAUUGUUCAAGUUGGCAGCAUAAAAGCAGGGAAUUCAAAAUAGAAAUAACUCUUCUAACCACUGACUUUCUUACAGGAAAAAACCAUAAACAUUACAUGACUAGAAAUAUGUUAACAACAAUAAAAUUUUAACUGGGAUUAUUUAGAAAAAUAUUGAAACACCAGAAUGUACAUAGCACUGUAGCACUGUUCUCCCAAUUUGCUCGAGCGGGCACCAGUAACGUCUCCGUGGACUUAUUACUGUUUUUGGUAUAUAGAAUAUG